AUGUGGCGGCAGGUGCGUUUCCUCAAGGACAAGCUCAGAGUUUUGUGCGGCCAAGGCAGGACUCUGGGUGGCCAACAACGUUCCUUUCAGGAUUGGAUGAAGACAGCGGACCAUACGACUGAGUUCUUAUGGGCCCGAGUGCGCCUCAAGUUACCAAAGAAAAGCAAGACGCAGCCGUCAAGUGGUAAUGUCUUGGUUCUGGGUGGUGCCAGACUCCCGGAAGAGGCAAAUCAGAUGCUGAAGAAAGGACCAAAGUACGCAAGCCGAGGAUCAUCAACCCCGUUUCUUGACGAAGAUUCAAGCUACAAAGUCGUUCUGCCUCGUCUACCAACCGGUAACGAUGUUUUGAAUUCCGUUUUCCUUCAUGCCGACUUGAGUGGUAGACCGUAUCGUGCCCCAGACUUCCGUGACGCGCUGCUCGAAGUGGUGACCACUGCAGAUAUCAUAGGUGUGGGACAAUAUCAAAUGAGCCACGUAUGGAUGGUUACUUGUGCAAGCAGCGCGGCGAAACAGAAACUUGUCACCCGUGGUGAGCUCCGUGUAAAAGGGCGGAAGUGCAUGGUGAUAGACCCGGAGACCAAGAACAUUAAGCUAAAGCUUCUAUGGCUUCCACCUCAUCUUGAAUCACGGCGUGUGGAAGAGGCGUUCCAAGCUUACGGUGGGGUGAAGUCCGUUGACAGAGAGGCGUGGAGGUGUGCUGGUAUGGAGCACUGGAUGACAACAAAUAGGGAUGUUUCCUUGGAGCUCAAGGACACCAUCAAUGUGAGCUCAAUACCGCAUAUUAUGUCUAUCUACGGUCACCAGCGCCUAGUACUUAUUCCCGGUAGGCCUCCGCUGUGUCUUCGUUGCAAGCGAGUGGGGCAUGUCCGUCGACAAUGCAAAACACCGAGGUGCAUGCAGUGCCAUCGAUUCGGUCAUUCGUCGGAUGCCUGCGUGUCGACUUACGCCGGCAAGCUUCGUUCUGGCCAAUCUAGCGCAGAAGAGCCGCAUCUGGACCAUCUCAUGGAUGCUACGGAGGUAGUUGAUGCGGCAGGAGAAGCAACCGGAGAAGCAGUAGGUGGCAUAAAGGAAGAUCAACACUUGUCCAUGGAAGCCAUGCCCAGCAGCCACAAUAACACUGCUAAAGACAUCAGCGAUGAGAUUACUGCAGGGGAACACUCCCUGGAAGAACUUAAAGAAAAGCCUCCUGAUGACGAAGGAGAAGAAGAGGCAAUGGAUAGCAGCCCGACCAGGAAACGUCCGGCACCGCUCAGCGACGAAGCAAGAACAAGCCUGCCCGGCACGGUCGAAGAGGAGCCUGCUCUCAUGGAACCACAGCAUAAUGGUGUUGGUGUGGAGACAAGGCUUCGCCGAAAUUCUGGUGGCUGUCUGAUCUUCCCGUGGGAAGAAGGGUUGCGCGAGGGCUGGAGCUGUGGCACAACAAUACCCAGGCCCUACUGGCCUUGA